UCGUGUGUUAGAACUGAAAAUUUCAUUCAUUGAGUAAAACGUAUCAAUUGAAACAAUGACUGCGACUGAAGAAGCAGCAGGAAAGUAAAAGCACUGAAAAAAAAGAAAGAAAAAGGCAAAAAUAUGUUGAAAUUGUAAUAAAAUCGAAAAAUUCGGCAUAAAAAGUGAUACGCGAACCAACAAAAAAAAAUAAAUAUCUAUAUAAUACUCAGUUAUUACACAUUAACAACGGAAUAAUUGUGAUAUUUUCUGUAAAAAAUAAGUAUAUUUUUCAACUCUCUAAUAAAUAUUCAACGCAAAGUGUUCACUUUUUUGAUCAAAACCACAGAAGAAACGAAAUCAGUGCAGAAAUUGUAUCAAAAAAAUAACAUAAAGUAACGAAAUCAAUCCAAGAAAAUCGUAGACACGAUCGAUUCACGACCUUCUUAAACAUAUAUUAUAGGUGUACAUAAUAAAUAAUAAUCAAGAUUCAAUCAAGAAAUUUUUCGUUCAUGUAAAUAUUUACUGCAACACACACACAAAGCAACAAAAAUAUGAAAAUUAUGCCAAAAAACGGGCAAAAAUACGAAAAAGCAGCAGCACAAGUGACACAGUAAUAACCAACAAAAAUUACUUUUGUUGAAUGUUAUCAGGAACGUUAACGCCGUUCGUUUCGGCGAAUUGGAUUUCGACACCGCGACGACCUCUCGAUAAUAAUCAUCAUCCCGAAGAUGACGAAACUAAGAAAAAGGAUCGUCGGAACAGCAAAUCAGGCAGCAACAACAAUCAACAAGCAUCAAAGACAACGAUCACGCCGAAGAGCACAACGGAAGAGCCGCAAUCCGAACCAAAAGCACCAAAAGAGACACGUUCUCGUCCCCAAACAACCACUCUUACGGAAUCCGCGGGUCGUUCGACAGCCAUCGAGAAAGCCUAUGUGCAUGAUGUCUACGAAAAUUGCGGCGCCGAGGACACAUCAAGUGGCAAUAACAGCAGUUCGAAUAGCUCGUGUAGUCGCGUUUCGCUCAAUCCAUCGGUUAGCAAGUUCCUAGCGGCACUCGAGCCGGGCUCCUUUGUUUGCGACGUCGGCAGCGGCGAUGGCAGAUAUUUGUCGGUGCAAAAUCCCCUUUUGUAUACGAUUGGCGUGGAUCGAUGUUAUCGCCUGACAAAAGUGGCACGCGGCAAUGGCGGAGAAGUUGCAAUUUGUGAUAACUUGGAUUUGCCGUUUCGCGAUGAGUCGUUCGAUGCUGUCUUGUCUCUAGCUGUCGUUCAUCAUUUUGCUACCACAGAGCGUAGAGUGGGUGCCAUACGUGAAUUGGCUCGCAUUUUACGAAUUGGUGGCCGAGUGAUUAUCACAGUUUGGGCCUUGGAGCAACGCAAUCGGCGUUUUGAGUCGCAAGACGUGUUGGUGCCAUGGACCCCAAACAGCAGAAAUGGCGGCAUGAGCGGCGACGAGGAUGAUGAAGAUGAUAACGUGCCGUACCAUCCGUGCGCCGAAGACUCAACGACAAGCACAAAAUCCGUUGGCGAUGGAGAUACGAGUAGUUUGUCGAGUUCGUCGCCGAGCGAUACGUGUUACAGUUUUGUGAGGAAAGCUAUUCAGAAAUUGGCUGGCGGCAAAAAGAGUCCGUGGUUCCUCGAGUCAUGGGGCUCAAAAGAAGCAAAACACGACAAUAGUUUCGACUACGAAGAUGCAAAAGACUUACCGAUCGAGUUGCGUCGCAUCGAAGAUUUCGACGACAUUCCAAAUGACGCGACAAUGGGAGGCGGUGUCAAAAGUAAUAGUCUCACAAGUAUCCUGAAUCCUCCUCCGCCGAGCCAAAUUGUGCGAUCACGUUCGAGUGUCCCGAGUUUAAUUGGGCACGAAGAACUGCUGCCCGACAAUUCGCAAUGUUCGUCAUGCCAAACGGGCUCAACACUUUCGCUCAUCGCACCAACGAACAGUUACAACACGUCAAUCGAGUCCUUGCGACGCCCCAAACUCGUGAAACAGAAACAAUCGCUGCAGGACGACACGGAAUACCAUCUCGGAGACAAGCAUUCAAAGUCUCUGGUUGGCGAUGAUUCCGAACGAAAUGUCAUUGUAGCGAAAACCAUUAGUUCCAUUGACGAAGAAGCCUCGCAGAAAAGCAAAGAUCCGCACGAAAUUUUCAAAGAAACGUAUGGAACAGUUGUUACGCCUGUCGUUGCGGGAGCUACAAGCGACACGUCACGCGUUCAACUCUUAAGGAAGCAAAGUUCGUUGAAUGAGGAGUUUGAACGUGUCGCAGAAUCGCGAAUUCGGGAAAAAGAUCGAAUACGGAAGAAAAUUCAGAAACAAACGUCGUUGAAUGAGACAUUUUUGUGUCGAUCGCUGUUCACGAAACGCUUGCAGGUGAUACGGGAAGGCUUUACAACGAAACUCAAGACGUCAACGGGAAGUCUGGAACGCGUAACGAAAAAUGGCUUCGUCAAAAUAAUGCAAAAUAUCAAGAUACCGAACCCCAAUCAAUUUGUAUAUAAUCCUCCGUUGUCGCGCACGAAUUCCAUCGGGAGCACUUUGCAACCCGUGAAUCCGGAGGAAGAACGAACGCGACGCCAUUCGCGCGAAAGUGGAAGCGAUUCGUCGAAAGAUAGCAGUCUGCAGUCCGACACGAGUAUCGAGAGUGAAGACAGUUUUGCAUCUGUGAUUUAUAUUCCAAAGCCCGAACAAUUGCAACAAAUGAAUUCGAGCAGCUUUGAUUAUACUCUUUCGUGUACAACUCCUAAUAGUAGUAAAAUACCGUCAGUGCCAACUUCACCUUUAGUAUUUCCCUGUCCUCCAACGCCAGCACACUCUCCGGCGCCUCCCCGUUCGGGCGGAUGCGGCAAACAACCGUCAUCCGGCAACUUGACCAUGAAAGAAACGAUUCACUUCACCUUCGACACGCAAUUCCAGAAGCCCCAAACGACAACGGACGACAACACGGCAUCGCCACAGCUUCUCGCAAACACAAAAAUGGGAACAAAACAACAAUCGCCGCCCGUACUGAUGGCACAACUCUCGCCAAACAGCUUAACAGUGACGGCAGCGAUCGCAAAACCCCUACCUAAAAUCACGAAGCAACAAAUAAAAGACUUACCGCCAAUCCCGAAGCAUCCAAGCAGCAAAUCGAACAAGGCAUCGAACAAACAAGCGAGUUUCCCCAUUGUUCGACGUGUUUCCGCAGCACCUAUCGUGCCAAAAUUGAAAUCUCUCGAAAUAUUCAAUCCAGAAACGGAUGACUUGGAUAGCGAUUCAAGCGAACCUUCGUCUCCGGAUUCCGUUGAUAGUGUCAUUAGCACCGUUAAGACCCCAAAUGUUCAAACGGAGCAACCAACAACGAGUUUGGAUGAAGGAGCGGCAAUCGCACAAGCUCAAACUUUGGUGAAAGAUACGCUGCAAGACGCUGUCGAGUACGUGAUACGCGAACGAAAACCAAAUUUGGAUCCAAAUCACGGCGGAUGCGACAACAUUACGGACGAGGAAGAGCGUCGCAAACAUUUGGCUGAAUUCGCGGAGAAACUAAGUGCACAACUCAUGAAAGAACUGGAGGAAAAUAAUCUCGAUCCGUCAAUAAUGCGGGAUCAUCGUCACAAGCAUCGACACAGUUUCGACAACAAACAAACAACGACAACGACAAAACUCCCGGAAGACGAUCCCUUCUUCGUGCAAGUCAACGGCGAGGAUUCCAAGGAUUUUAAUCAAUUGCGCAAGGAGUUGCGGGAACGUCGUCUCAUGCUCGCCGACUUGUGUAGUAAUAGUAGUAGUAGCGUUAGUAGCAUUAACAACGGCAACAGCGUAGAUCGGGCAUUUUAUCAGCACGAUCUCAUACCGGAAGAGGACCCCGACACCUACAAUGAAGAAUUCAAUGAGAUCAAUUAUCGACCUGAUGUGGCUCUAAUACAGGAAGAAGACGACUCCUCCGAGUCUCUUCAAACUAGUCGUAAGACAAACUCUCAGACACAGCAGCAACAACAACAACCCAGUAGUAGUAAUAAAAAUAUAAAAUCCAACAUUGUCAGUAGAUUCACGCGAAAUCGCAGCAGCAGCAGCAACAAAAGCAACUCAUCAAACCAGCAACGAAGUGCUCGGCAUGGAAAUGACGCAUGGGCACAUUCAACGAGCACGGCAUCGCUCGAUUCGCCUUCUGUGGGCGGCGGAUCCGCGACUCAUCAUCGAUAUUUUCACGUUUUUCGCGAAGGCGAACUCGAUACGCUCAUCAAUCAUCAUGUGGCGUCGCUGCAUAUCGUUUCCUCGUACUACGAACGGGCAUCGUGGUGUGUCGUUGCCGAAAAAGUUCAAGUCUGGACUAUUUGA